AUGAACGACGAAGAUUAUGAUGCUGGUGCUCAACUUGCUGCUCAGGCAACAGAGAAAAUUGCGGAUCUAGGUCUUGAUGUAAACAAACAGCAAAAGCCUAGCAAUUCGGCAGCGUAUUCUGAGGAUAAAUUGAAGAACGCGUCAAAAGGAAAGUCAAAGACUUCAUCAUUUGGAAAUAGUGAACUGUCUGAGAAGGAGAAGCGAGAGGCUCAAUUGCGUGCGGAUGCGGCUGCCGGGAUGGAUUUAUUUGGCGUAGCUGCUGACCACAAGGAGCAAUCAUUUAAGGAUUUAGAAACCAGAGCAGAUUUUCUUGCGUAUGCUGAAAAAUUGAGUGAACAAAUUACUGAGAGACAUGAACAUACUCAUUAUUUAACUUUUGUUAAUUCUCUUGUUGAAAAAAUGAUUGGAUCAAGUAAUUUAUAUUUUUUAUUUGAUUUAAAUAAAUUCUUUUUAGUGACUAAGCUUCAACUUGAAAUUAUUAGGAGCACUGUUCAGGUAUUUAUUUAUAUUUUAAGUAUAUCGGAAUCAAUUCCUUUAGACCAUGCCUACUUUCUCAUGUAA